AUGGUCUGGAAAGGACUCUGGCUCGCAGAAUUAGAGCGCGCGUUGGUCAGCCGACUCCUACAGAGUCAGCAGUGGCACAACGUCGUCGGUCGGAUACACCAGCGUGUUCAAUAUCAUCGUCAUGGUGUGCCGAUGGAAGAGAGCCGCACAUCUCUCAGUGACGGAAACCAACUGAACCGGUUCCUGAAGUACUUUAAGGAAGAAUUGCAAGAUCAGGCCAAGGGAAAGCCUCCAAAUAAGUUGUAA